AUGUUUCUCAGCCGUUUCCUUUCCGCUCCGAUUAACCAUCGCCGUUUUUUUAAUACGUCAUCACUCUCCUACCUCAAACGCGUUUCUGCAAUCUCCAAAUCGGAAUUGGAUCCUUGUUCUAUUAACGAAAGGGUCCGAAUGCUUAUCAAAUUGUGCAACCUAGACGCGGCCGCAGAGCACGCGCGUUUGGUGGUUUUGUCCAGAGACAAACCUAAAGUGACUGCUGAAACAUGCGCCGCUGUUCUCCAGGCUUUGUGUGAUGACAGACGCUACAGUGACGCAUACGAUCUCUUCCACUACUUCACUGCCAACUCUAACUCGGAUCUUGUAUCCAAGUCCUGCCGUAUUCCAAUCGUCACUGGCUUUUGUGAUCAAGGUAAACUCGACGAGGCUCUUGAGUUAUACCAGCACUUGCGCAAAGGUCCUAGCUCUCGUGCCCAUUUAGCUUUAGCUCAAGGGUUGGUCGAUGCGGGUAGGAUUGAUGAAGCUAUGCGUCUUUUCUACUGCGUGGCUAGGCCUGUGUAUGAUAUUUUCAUCCGUGGGUUAUUGGAUGUGGGAAAUGUCGAAAGGGCUAACGAGCUUUACGAUGAUCUCAAGUUGUGUGAGGAUUUGGACUGUGUGGUUGAGGUGAGUGCAACGUUCAUGGAGCAUUGGUUCAAACAAGGGAUGGAUGAGAAAGCUAUGGAGUGUUACUUGUCCUUCAAGGAAGAACAUAGACAGAUGCGUGCGAGUACUGGAAAUAGGCUUUUGAAAGUUUUGCUAAAGUACGGUAAGAAAACCGAAGCCUGGUCAUUGUUCAACCAGAUGAAAGCUACAAGAUUUGAUUCCGAGUCUUGUAAUAUUAUGGUGAAUGAGUGUUUCAAGAUAGGGAAAGUUGGCGAGGCAAUUCAAAUAUUUGACAAGCUUGUAGGCACAAGCGAGGAUCCACAGUUGUGUUAUAGGAACAUGAUCACUAGGCUAUGCGAACAAGGGAUGUUGUCGGAGGCUGAGCGGUUUUUCGCUCAAAUGUGCUCUCAAAAUCAUCUUGUACCUGAUGUUCCAACCUAUCGAACAAUGACGGAUGCAUAUGUGAAGGCGGACAGAGUCAGCGAUGCUCGGAAAAAUCUGAACCAAACUUUGGAUGCAUGUCUAACCUUUACUUCUAAGAUGGUUGGGCUUUAUCGGUUAUCCCAUUGUUAA